AUGUCGAAUUUGGUUACAACGGGGGUACCGGGGGCCCCCGGAUUUUGUGGGGCCCCUGGCCCAGGGGCCCCCCAGGCUGUUGGGGGCCCCCCAAAUCCAUUGGGGGCCCCUGCUCGCCUCCCGUUAGCUAGCGAAGUGCUUCAUCUGCAUUGUUUGCAGCUAGAUGAAGUCUUUCGUAAUAUUAAAGGAAGCAGAAAUGCUGCUGUUAUGCGUCAGACAGACACUUCAUCCCCUCAUUUAGCAAUGGAGGCGCAGCUCAAAGAAAACCCCUUCGAUAGACAAACCUGGGAUGCUCUGCUCGCUGAGGCGCCUUCAACAGAUUUAUAUGAACGGGUUAUUUUAAUAUUUCCGACGUGUGCAAAUUACUGGCGACGGAUGGCGGAGUUUGAAAUUGCGAAGGGAAAUUUAAACAAAGCGAAAAGCGUCUAUGCACGCUCGCUGCAUGCAUGCCCCCAACUAGAGCUAUGGCUGUCUUACGUGAAGUUUGUUUACUGCACGGGCACAGUGGAGGACUUCCGCCAGGCGUUGACUUCUGCUGUGGAGAAGGCUACAGGUCCUUUGAUGCCCACGGAUUUGGAGCAGAAAGUGUUUAGGGCUCCUCUCUCUCCUGGGGGCAGCAGCCUCACUGAGCAGUUUACCGACGUCAACAUGCUGCGUUCGGCCUUUCAAGCUUGUCUGCGGAGGCCAGUGGCGGGUCUUGAGGGUAUUUGGGGGGCUUACUGCGCAUUUGAACGAAGUACGAAGGCAAACAUGCAGUUAAUUUCAAAGCUUCUUUCUUCCUUUGAAGACAAAUGCGCUGCCUCCAAGAAGGCACAUACCGAGCUGAUGCGGCUCAUGAAAGAUAUCGAUUGGUCCUGUGUGGCGCUGCCGCUUUCCGUUGCAGACAAGUCGCGUCAGGCGCAUGCAGCAGCUUGGCGAAGUGUGCUGUCUUAUGAGAAGACAAACCCUCUUCAUUUAAUCCCUUCGGAGUUUAUUAGUCGCGUCUCUCAGGCCUACCACACGUGCCUCCUUUCUUGUGCUUAUCGAGCAGACUUGUGGUUUGAAUUUUCUCAGUUCUUACUCGCUAAUCAAAUGCCGACAAAAGCUUGUGAAGUUUUACGCCGCGCCAUCGACAGGUUCCUUCCAGGCGAUGAGUUACUGCAAAUAGUUUUGGCGGAGUUAUUAGAAGAAAGAAGAAUGAUAAAAGCAGCAGAUGCUGUUUAUCGCAGCGCUAUUACUUCAAUGGUCUUAGAAACCCCUCAAACCCAAGGGGGCCCCCAGGGCCCCCUCUCUAUACAGGGGGCCCCUGUCUUACUGACCAAAUACCUUAACUUCAUUCGCAGAUCUUAUGGCAUAGCAGCUUGGCGCGCAUGUUUUUGCGAGAUCUCGGAGUUAGAUUGCUGCAGCUGGGAAGUGUUUGCUGCUCAAGCAGCAGCAGAGUGGAGUGUAUGCGGCUCUCGCAUGCAUGCAAUCGGCGCAUUAAAGAAAGGAGCGCUGCGUUAUCAAACACACCCUCAGUUUGUUGCUGCUUAUGCUGAUAUGCUGCUGCAGAUGGGGUUGUUAGAUGGUGCCCGUGAGCUGCUGCGGCGGAGUGUAUUGACACUUCACUCGGAGUUGGGGGGUGGCAGCCGUCUCUUGUGGCAGAAGUGGAUUCGUUUAGAAGAUUCAUACGGAGACGCGUCUUCCUUGCGUGCUGUCUUGGAGCUUCGGACGCUGCAGCGUUUAAACCUGACCCCAGAGUUAGCGACUACGGGUGGAGACAUUUUAGAAGAGCAGCAGGAAGAGGGCCCAGACCCUGCUGCUGCUGCUGCUGCUGCUGGGGAGCAUGCAGCAGCAGCAGCACAACUCACUGUCAGCUCAGCUGGGGCAGACGCAAACCCGAAGGCCUCUGCAUACUCCAAACUUAAAAUUAGGAGAAGACAAUUCAUGGGCGGAGACUCUAUGCAAGAUAUCUUAGAGCUGUAUACUGUUUUUGGGGCUUAUCCAGCAACUUCAAUAGAAGUGCAGCAAAGAGCAGAAGGAAUAGGAAGAAGCGCAGCACCUGCUGCUGCUGCUGCUGCUGCUAGUAGUAGUGGUGGUAGUAGUGUUGCUGCUGCUGCUGCUGCUGCUGAGCAGGAUAAGGGUCUAGGCAUCAGCAGCAGAGACCUAGAGAUUGAUCCAGAGGAAGAGGAGAUGCGCAGCAGCGGCAGCAAAACAACUUCUGCUGCUGCUGCUGCUGCUGCUGCUGCAGCAGCACACAUAGCACGGCCGGACCUCGACAGUCUCGCUGCCUUUCAUCCUGAACUCUCCGCCAUCUACCACCCUAUGUUCCUGCAGCAGCAGCAGCAGCAGCAGCAUGCAGCAGCAGCAACAAGAUCUGCAGCAGAUGCUGCUGCUGCUACAGCAGUCCCUAUGUUCGCCCCACCGAAAUUUUUGUGCGAUCUCCUCGCGCUGCUGCCGCGGCCAUCUGGGAAAUCAACAGCAGAUCCAAACCUUGUCGAUUAUUUAAUAACAACACUUCAGGAGACGCAGCUGCCGCUGCUGCCUCAAGGACAGCAUCGCCCGCUGGUAGUAAAAGACCUCCUUGCCCUGAGACAUUCUCAGCUGCAGUGUUUGCAUGCAAUGAGACAUCAGAAGGAGGGCCCUGGAGAGGAAGCAGAAAGUUCAGGGGCCCUGUCCGAUGGGGAGAGAGAAGAGGCGUUGGAUGCAUCGAGCUGGGAGGAAGUGCAGCGAGGAGCUUCUGCCGCUCCAGCUAGCCAGCUAGCUGGGCAGGUAGCUGAGUUUGGUCGGCCUUCAGUGGGUGCUACAGGGGUACAGAUAGCCCCGCAGAUGUAUGGUGGAGGGGCCCCCUUGAUGCUUACAGCAGACAGCAUAAUGCAAACAAGAAGAAUGUUAGCUCCAGCAGUGCUGCCUGGGGUACGCCCCAUAUGGCCUGCAAUGAAUGUACUUGCCAGCCAUUAUGCACAUGUAGGUGCCCCACAGCUGCAUGCAGCUGUCGCUCUUCCUUACGGUUGUGGCCUUCUUGAAUUUUCGCUGAUUCGGUGGAAACUAGAGAAAAAUGAAUAUGAUCAGCAGACUCUGCACAGUUUGAAAGAACACGAGGCAGAGGAGGCAGUGAAGAAAAUAGAAGCAAAACCCCCAGCGUGUUCUGUGCAAAAGAAAGGGAAUCUGAUGGUUGCGAGAGAUCCUCUGGAUGUUCUUUCUGUGGAUUCAUUUGCUGCUACAAUGGCUAAACGCCAUUUCUUAGUGCAUUACCCAGAGGAGAAGAUGCUGCAGGAGGCGGAGGUGUCUGUAAACGGAGAAGAAAUUGCAGUUCCCACAGUCGCUACACACGAAGACAGAAUGAAUGCAGAUUCGAUGGAGGGAUAA